ACGCCGGUCAUCGUGACUCUUAAUGAUGAUUAAUUGUGCCUGUUUCGUAGAACGAACCUGUUUGAGAUGUCCGAUUAGGUUGCACCUUCUAAAGAUAGCUUUUUUAUGUUUCAGAAUCCUAAAUGUAGUUCAGCAGAAGCAGCUUGAAGAAUCAACGGCAAAAUGUCUCAUCACGUAGGGAAAUCAAUUGUGAUACUCGUAAUAUCUAGUAUUUUGUCCUUAGUCACAGUCAAUGGGCAGACCACGAUCGGCGCUACUGUAGUGCUGGAUCCACAGGAUGCAACGAUCCUGGUGGAUGAAACCAAAGUCAUCGAGGUGAAGUUCCGAGGUCGGUUAACGCAGAGCAUUCUGUUCAAUUUCUCCGCCGAACAUGAGGAGUUCGUCAAGGUUACGCCUUCCUCCGUAACGGUCGAGCCUCCUUCGGAUGGAUUCAUCGAUCGGGCCGUCCAAGUCACGGUGGCGGCAAUCUCCCCGGGCCAAUUCGACCUGGUCGGGCGCGUCCUGCCGGCGGGGUUGAUCGACGACGCGAAGGCCUUCAUUCGGAUUACCAUCGCCAACUCGGGCACGCUGAUCUACGUGGCGAUCGUGAUCGGUUGGGUCUACUUUGUAGCGUGGACCGUCUCGUUCUGGCCUCAGAUGAUCAUUAAUUUCAGGCGAAAGAGUGUGGUCGGACUGUCGUUUGACUUUUUGGCGCUGAACCUGCUGGGGCACACGCUGUACUGUAUCUUCAACUGCUCGAUGUACUGGAACGAUCACAUCGAGCAGGAGUACUUCAACCGGAACCCGCGCGGGCUUAAUCCGGUGAUCGCCAACGAUGUGGCGUUCUCGUUACACGCCUCACUGGCCACACUACUCACGGUGGUGCAGUGCUUCAUCUACGAGCGCGGGGAACAACGGGUUUCGUACACCGCCCAGGGAAUCCUGGGAAUCUUCGCUACGGUGAUCGUCGUGGCUGGCAUUCUCGUUGGAACGAGCACGUGGCACUGGCUGGAUUUCCUGUACACGCUUAGCUACAUUAAGCUCGCGAUCACGCUGAUCAAGUACGUACCGCAGGCGGUACUGAACUUCAGGCGGAAGAGCACGGUCGGGUGGAGCAUUGAAAACAUCUUGCUCGACUUUACCGGCGGUACUCUGAGCAUGCUGCAGAUGCUGCUCAACGCGUACAACUAUGACGAUUGGGCGUCCAUCUUUGGCGAUCCGACCAAGUUCGGCCUAGGGCUGUUCUCGGUCCUGUUCGACAUCGUGUUUAUCGUGCAGCAUUACGUGUUGUACAAAAACCGUUCGGAUCCCAAAACCCUGGAGGAAGAGUCCAGCAACAGUACCUAUCCGGCCGAGUCCGCUGCCGGAAGCAAGGCCAGCAUACCUUGAGGCCAGAGCCAAAGUCCUGAUUCUGGUACAAAAGUCUGCUGCUUUUUCUCGUUGCCUUGUCUGCCACCGUGCGCGCUGUGUAGAUAGAUUAUACGUACUAAACUAUACUGUACUGCAAGCUAUGCGUUAAGGAACCCUGUUGACGAUCGUACGACGACGACGGCUUCUGGUUCGAUUGUGAUUGAAAUUCCAUAUUUUUGUGAAACCAUUUUUCAUCGUAUGAAAUAUACUACUAUUAGUUUGUGUUUUGA